UGGCCAAAAAAUCAUGAUCAGGCAAUUAUUAGCAAAAUUUUAAGAUAAUUUAGCGAAAAAUUGAUGCAAUAUUGAGGUCAAUUUGGAUUGUCACUGUUUCAAAACUGAUUUAAAUCGAUUUUUGAUUUUGCUCGACUUAACCUCAACUGUCAACGUGACAGCUCAACUGUCAGAUUUGUAAAGGUUACAUUCAGCGAAAGUUUUUCUAAUUUCUUGAAUUAUACUGAAUAAUUAUACGCACUUGACAAUAAAUACGAAUAAAGUAUUCAAGAAAUGCUUCCGAAAAUAUACAGAAGUGACCCCGACAUCAGAAAACACCAAAUAAACACUUUGAAAAUCUUCAACGACAACGUUGUGGAAAUUUGCGAGGGUCACGAAUACCAAAUAUGCUUCAAGUCGGACCGACAUGAGCUUUGCUUACACAUUUCUUUGAGUAAGGAAUUUCCCAAUGAAAAACCCCUGUUGACUAUAUCGCCCCCCAUAGUCCACCCGUGGGUAAACGCCGACAGUGAAGUCACUUCAGCCCCUGGACUAUUAAAUUUUACUAUUCACUCUGACUUGGGACGUGUCGUGCAAGCUAUAAUUAGGGAAUUUGAGCGACAUCCGCCCCCUCUUAAAAAUGACACUAACAUCACCUCAGGACCUGGAAGCACCAUCACAUCGCCGACUGUCCCAACACGAGAAUGCGAAAGGUCAAGUCCCAGUUACAUGAACAAUUUUUCCUCACCAACUCACCAAAGAAGACUGGUUUUCCCCGAACUUAAUAAACUAUCAAUUAAUGAACUAGAAUUUUUAAAUAGUAAUUCGGACAGACAGCAAGAAUUUUUAACCGAUUUACCGCCAAUCAAAGAACAAAAUAAGUUACUCGACGAUUUGAUUGCGCAAGUGGAGGAGUUGGCGGAGUCAAAUUUAUCGAAACAAGAACACCUCAGUGAAAUGCGUUCAGAAAUUGAGCAGAAGAUAAGUGAGGUGACUAAACUGGCGUUUGAGAAUGAGCGUCUUCACAUGAAGUAUCAAGACAUGUCUGAUAAAUAUUCUCCUUUUAAUAUAAAAGAACAGUUGAGGCUAGCUGCUGAAAAAGCCGAGUCAGAGUGUGAAACCAUAGCUGAUAGUUUCCUAAACGGCGAAAUAGACGUUGAAAAGUUUGUAAAUCUGUACACAAAAUCGAGAAGUUUGUGUCAGGCGAGGAAAACCAAAGAGGAGAAGCUUUCCCACCAACUUGAGAGUCUAUCAAAAGCGGGAUUUUAAUAAACUUUGAAUUAUAUUUAUACUAGAGAUAUACAAUAAAAAUAAUUUAAAUUAA